GGGUCAAAAGAUGCAAUCGAUCGUGUGCCAUUAAACUGCCUCAGGCCAUGGCAUCAGCAACAUACUGAUGGUCAUGAGAAGCUUUUUGCUCAGGCUCUGAGGAUGGGAGACAUAACUUUGCCAAUUUAUGCAUUCAAGGAUCAGUUCUCGACUUUCGUUCCUUACAUGUGUUACUUGCCUAAUGUGAGGCUUUCAAAUGUCAUUGGACAUGUAUUUCUUGAUCUUGUUGGGGAGUAU